AUAAAUUUAUCUAUAAAAAUAAACGAACCAUAAAAAGAAAAUAUAAGAAAAAAGAUAUGGAGCCGCCGGAAGCAAAACCGAUCUGAAAGUGAACCGAAUAUUCACCAUCGGCAUUCGGCGGUGUCUCUACUAACUCUGCACUAAACGCCAUCACUAUCUUUAUCUCAGAUACUAUUGGUCAACACAAUUGCAACCACAUAAGUUUCAGCUGAAAAAACAAAGGAAGACAAUCUGAUUCCGCCGUCAAGGUCCAUGUCGCCGGACAAUUCGGAGCCGCCCAGAACUGGAAAGAGGUCGGCCGAUGACGUGUGGAAGGAGAUCAUGGCUGGAACCCAGCCGAAGAAGGAGAUGAUGACCUUGGAAGAUUUCCUGCUGAAGGCCGAAGAGGCGGCUUCCACCGGCGCCGCCGCCGCGGUGAAGCUGAAGGAAGAAGGAGGAUCGAUUGGGGGGAUUUUCGAUUAUAUGAAUUCCGUCGAGGAGGGGGGCGAUGCAAGAGCGAGGGCCAAGAGGAGCUUCAGCUUGUCGGCGGCGCCGGGAAAGGCGGUGGAGCUGCGGGAGAGGAGAAUGAUUAAGAACAGAGAGAGCGCCGCGAGGUCGAGGGAGCGGAAGCAGGCAUAUGAAGCGGAAUUGGAGUCGAUGGCGGUGAAGCUGGAGGAAGAAAAUGAUAUCCUGUUGAAAGAGAAGGCAGAACGAAAGAAGAAGAGGCUUAAGAAGCUUAUGCAGAGUGUGAUACCUGUAACAGAUAUGCGAAGACCACCACGCAUCCUGCGGAGAAGCGGCUCCAUGCAGUGGUAAUCUUUGGCCAUACAGAAGUUAUGAGACGAGACUUUCUGCAAUGGGACGAGGUAUAAAAUAUAUGUGAGACGGAGAUGAAUAAAACAAUAAUAAAAAAAAAAACAACUAUUUUUUUUAUAAACAGCUCUAAGUCUUCAAGUAGAUAACUUGAGCCAUUAUUGAUCUAUAAAUGUAGCAGCUACGUUCUCUGUAAAGCUAUAAGGGGAAAUCACAUAGAGAACUCCCUUGUAAUUAGCUUGUUCACUACAAAUGUGUGGAACCCAUUGCUCUGUUAUUGAAACUUCACUUAUGGUAUUGGCUUAGUUUUUUAGCGUUGA